AAUAAAUCAAAGAUGUCCGGUGUACUUUUGCAGUGGUUUUGACAGAUUGCGCAAUAUAUAAGUCGCUAGACAAGCACUACAAUUGUACCUAACAAACCAGUACGUCUAUAUAAUAUGAUACGACAAAAAGCAUUUAUCUUCUUGGGAAAAAAACCCAACACCGGCUAUAAAUAAUGCACAAUCUUGAUUAAUUUGGGAGGGUUCUGCAGUUCAUAUAUAUCUUAUGUCAGUUGUAUAUUCAAUUUAGUGUUACCCAAUCGAUACACAGAACGACCUAGCGGGGAAACGGGGGAUAUUGUGCAGAACAAACAGUCUGUCAGAUGUGCCAGUUUUUUUUACCCCCUUGAAUCAUUCAGUUCCUGUUCCCAGACUGACGUGAAGAAAGCGGGACUGAAGCGUUAGAGUACAAUGAAAAAUGUGUGGUUUAAGAGACGUGCAUAGUGAAUUCUAACGGGCGGGAGAGUAACUUAUGCAAUACAAGAUGCCCAGGAAAAAAUUAAAAGCUCACGAAAAGAUGUUUUCUAAAAUUGUGGAUAGAAUUGGACUGCAAUGGCAUGAUCAUUUCAAAAGACCUGGUUGUGAACAAUGUUGAAAUUGCUCUGGAGACGAGUGUCGCCAUGGAAACUGUGUCUCCUAUCUUCCUUGGUUGUCCUGGGUUUAAACGUGACCUUACAUUGGCGUUUUGACAAGCUAGAAUGGGGGGCGGAGGGGGUAGGGAAUUCUGACUGGAGGGGUCUUAGUGAACAGGUAUUUAGAUCCCAUGGGUUCCAUGGGACAUUUGAAAACCGUCUGCGAAAGCUAAUGGAGAAAUCCACAGACGUAGGGUUAGAUGUGAUCAAAAUUCAAAACGAAGCUCCUAUGUCAGUGUCUUACACAGAAAAUCUGAUCGAGUGUGAGGAUUUCGUGAAAAUAACGAACAGGACGUAUUUAGAGUCAGGCUGGACGAAGGCCGUGUAUAAAGGGUACUACAGGGGACACCCCGUCGCCAUAAAAACAGUAGACGUGAGAGGUCAUCAUUUGAGGUCGUGUGUGACCAAAGGUCGUAACCAUGGUGACUGUUACCAACUGGCAGCACAAAAAAUUGUGAAAGAGAUUGUUGUUCUACAGGCUAUUGCCCACAACAAUGUUGUUAAGGUGCUAGGAUUCUGUGUCCCUGGAACUAACAGAGACAUCCAAGAGGUUGCCAUGGUAACAGAGUUGGGUGAGGGUGUGGACUUGAUCAAACUCCUCCAGAUGUCCUGGGAGGAUCGCUUCAGGAUUUCGUACGAUAUUUCCUCCAUCAUUGAGUGGAUGGCUUCCAGUCACUAUGGCAGCCUCGCUAUGAACGACUUCCGCCGCCAACAGUUUGUACUGGUCAAUGGCUCUCUUAAACUCUCUGACGUUGACGAUUUGGGCUUUGGGGAUCCGGUCUGUGAAGUAGAUAAUGAAUGCACGUUACGUUUUGCGAGCUCCAACUUCACUCAAACAUUACCCUGUAAAGAAGGGAAGUGUUCGAAUUACAACGAGAUGAAAAACUUAUUUAACGGAGGUCGCCAUUUUACGACGUUUUUACUCCCCCAUGGUGCCCCCGAAUCGCUGCGCCCUCUAGUGGAUAGAGUUGUGGAUGGUUACAGUAAUCUCACACUUAAUUCUCGACAAAUACUUCGUUUGAUGAAGAAAAUCAAAAGUCUGUAUAUAUCAGGAAAGUACUUAAACAGGCCCAUUCAGCAGUUCUCUAAAGAUUACCAGUUGUAUCCUGCGAGUGACCUCCCCGGGAAGUUUGACUACAGGUGUCGCUUGUCGCUGUCCGGAUCGGGGUGUACUCGAUCAGCCUAUGACGUCAUGGAGGCCUCCACUAUCUGUGAUGCUGACCCCGAGUGUCGUGGUUUUGUUGUAUCCAAGCAGACAACGUGGUCAGGUCGCAUGCUGGUGCAUUUCAAAUCCGGUUAUGGUCAGCCAGAAAAGAAUAUCGACACCUCGCUUUACGUUAGAACCACGUGACAAAUGCAGUCAUUAGAUAUACACAUGCAAUGUUGUACUUCUGGAUAGAUAUUCACUUUGUUCUAGAUGAUUUUGAGAAAACUUAUGAAAGAUGAAGACAAUAUCGGUGUUCGAUUAAAAUGUAUACUCUACGAACAAAAACAAUUGAUACGAGAAUUAUUGAGACCUCUUCGCUAAAUGAAGAUGGUGCUGACGAAAGAUGACGUCAUAUUAUUGAUUGCCGAACACUGCAUUUAAUGUGAGGAUAAUGCCAGUAUAAAAUACUUCUGCAUGCAUAUCAUCUAUUAUUCUUUCACAUAGGCGUCGGAACCGGG